GGAGGGAGGAGGCACCGGGCUGGAGCCGCUCUCACUGCAGUGAUUCUCCGGCUGCUGGAGGAAACUGUCCCGCUGCCGCCCGGUGCCGCUCCGCCAUGACCCCCGAGGACUCCCGGAGCUCUGUGGCCGCCUAGAGAGGCGCAGGAGGCGGACAGGAGCGGGACGAGGCUCCGCUGUCUGACCGGAUCCGGUGGAGGAUCAGAGAAGUUCGGGUUUCCUCCGUUCUCUCAUCUCCUCUCUGUCGGUUCCUCUCGUGCACGUGAGCAGAACCCGUCCGCCAGGUGAAUCCGGGUCACCUGCUCCCGAGUCCAGGUGAGAUGAACCGGCAGCAGCGGCUCCUCGGUCCGACCCUGACGCCGGUGCUGGACGGAUCAGAGAGCGGGGCAGGUGUCGGGAUGAUGUCCUGAACUCACACACCGACAGCCGGAUCAGAUCAGAACCGUUCCCCCCUCCCCCUGCUGCUGCUGCCCCCUCACCUCCCCGCGUCCAGGUGAGUCCUGGUCCCACCUGAGCUCCGCCAUGAGACGCUCCAGCACCGACGAGACUCCGUACCGGCGCAGUCCGUCCCUGGACAGCAAACCGGACACGCCGCCGUUUACCUCCGGCUUCCACCGAUUCAGCGGCGAGUUCGAGUACAAGCGGCCGCCGUUCGCGUUCGGUUUCCACACGACCAAAGGUCCGCAGACGUCCACGGGGCGCUGCGCUCCCGGGAAGAAGUACGUGGUGUUUUACCUGGACCUGUCCUUCAUCUUCCUCCUAGAGCUGCGGCGCUGCAGGAUGGCGGAGGGCUGCAUGAUGGCUCUGAGGUACGGGAUGGUCUUCUUCAACCUGCUCUUCUGGCUGGGAGGAUGUGGGAUCCUCGGCGUGGGCGUCUGGCUCUCGGUGACUCAGGGAAACUUCGCCACCCUGUCGGCGUCGCUGCCGUCGCUGUCGGCCGCCAACCUGCUGAUCGCCGUGGGAACCAUCAUCAUGGUGAUCGGCUGUCUGGGAUGCGUCGGCGCCGUCAAGGAGAGCCGGCCUCUGCUGCUCACCUUCUUCAUCCUCCUCCUGCUCAUCUUCUUCCUGGAGAUCCUGUCAAUCAUGCUGUUCUUCAUCUACCAGGACGAGAUCGAUCAGUACGCUCAGACAGAUCUGAAGAAAGGUCUGCAGCUGUUCGGCACCGAAGGAAACGUUGGAUUAACCAACGCCUGGAUGAUCGUCCAGACCGACUUUCGCUGCUGUGGCGUCACAAACCACACGGACUGGUUCGAGGUCUACAACGCCACCCGGGUUCCAGACUCCUGCUGCCUGGAGUACAGCGACAACUGUGGCCUGGACAACCCUGGGACCUGGUGGACGGCGCCGUGCUAUGAGCGGGUGAAGGACUGGCUGAAUGAGAACCUGGUGGCUCUGUGGAUCUUCGCUCUCUGCACAGCUCUCACUCAGAUCCUGGGUCUGGUCUUCUCCAUGACGAUGUUCUGUCAGGCAGUGAAAGUGGAAACCUUCUACGCUUAGCGUCGACCUUCACUGGGAUCAGGACUGGAAUAGAUUCCUCCUUCACAGACUCUUUGGAUCACGUUUUUCCUGCUAACUAUCAGCAGCACAGUGUCGGCUCGGUGUACUUCCUGGGUUCCUUUGGUUUGCUCUAUGUUUUAAACGCUAAUUUUUUCUGUGAUACAUUUUUCUCAGCCAGUAUUAUGAACAUGUAUAAACAAAAGAAGAAGAAGAAAAGCCUCAGUGUAACCUCCCCCACCUUUUUUAAUAUGUGUUUUAAAUUAUUUUACGGUUUGUAUGUGUUUAUGAAAAUGAGCUCCAGAAACGUGCACUGUGUGAAGUGCUGCAAGUGCAUGACUCCUGCCAUGAAGUGUAUUAAAUGUUCGGCUCGACUA